GUCCUUCACCGAGGCUUCCGGUGUUGUCUCACAUGUCCAAAGAAAACAUUGUAGCUAUCCUUUUUAAAUUGGAAACAUAUGACUCCAUGUACUUUUGCAACUAACCAUCAUUCGAAGUGUGCUGCUGCAACAUGUUCAACUGAGGGCUGGCGUGUGACCUCUAUGACUGACUGCAGUCGGACUAAACCAGGCAUCACGUCUCAUUCCUGGAAAAAGGUUGGUGUGUUGCCAUGACGUUCAUCAAGCCUCCUUCAUUGGACCUCUGACUUUAUCAGACAGGAAUUCUCUUUUACCCUGAACAUUCCUCAAAUUAAAUGUCUUCAGGAAUGCUCUGAAGACCUGUACGAAAGCUCUGAAGACCUGUACGAAAGCUCUGAAGACCUGUACGAAAGCAAAUAGGGAAGCACCAAAAGGGAGAAACUUAAAAAUGCAGAGGCUUUCAUUUCACAUCAUCGCUGUCAUAAUAAGCUAUUUUCUCAAUGGCUGCAUAGUUGUUCACAGCCAGACAGUCUGCAACCGACCAGCCAAUCUGGAAUGGCACCUACAACCACAAACUGCUCAGGUGAAAUGGACACUCAUGGAAAACAUCUGUGAUAGUAUGGUCCAAUGUUGGGGUGAUCAAGAAAGGACAGAGACCCAAAAGUCAGAUGUUCCGCCAACUUGGAACUUACCUCAGAUUUGUCCUCUAGAGGUGCAGUUUGGCGUCAAGCUGUUUGUUUCUAUUGAUGCCACUCUGGAUUUAUACGGUAUCAGGAUCCUCAAUGUGUCAAAGGAGGACUUUGAAAGUUGUUCCACUGCACCACAGUCACAAGACCAGUUUCUCUGUUCCGAUGAUGUUAUGAACGCGUCUAGGCAGGUCCAACCUAAGUGGCUUCUCCCGGGCCUUCAUUAUUUCAUAGCUUCGCAUGAGGGGGAAUCACAGCUCUGCAAGCUGGGUCUUCGUCUCAACGUCUCUGUGAAGGAACAACAGUGUCGAAGCAGCCCACUAGUGCGACUCUGCUCCGGGAACGGUGUUUGUAGGACAAGCUUUUGGGAAGACGGAGCGUACCGCUGUCAGUGCCGCCAGCGUUACUCUGGAAAGUUCUGUGAGAAGUUUGAUGCGUGUUUGGAAAACCCAUGUGAGAACAAAGGAGUCUGUGUAAGCAAUGGUACGACAGCACAUCACGCAACAUAUAAGUGUUUGUGCCCUCCACAUUUUACAGGGGCUAACUGCUCUGAUGUGAUUGGACGAGAGAACUGCGAUAGAUUUUGUCGUAAUGGAACGUGUCUCCAAGUUUCACCUUUCUCCUUCAAAUGUGUGUGUUACACAGGAAACCCAGGUCCACCUUGUGGGACAUCGUGUGAUCCCAACCCAUGUAGGAACGGCGGAGAGUGUGAGGAGAGCUCCGGGAGCGCUGCUGGAUAUGCUUGUGCUUGUCUGGAGGGAUUCACGGGCCUCCGCUGUGACACCCCGUUAACAUCAAUUGCCUUUCAUACGAAUGUCAGCGGAAAAGGCGUGCUCCUCGGGGAACAUACCUCUCCUGAGUGUGCAGCCUCAGUCUGGCAGUGUUCAGAUGGCACCACAGGCCCACAGUGCAGGAGGCAGCGAGGCCCGUGCAGCCCUUCGCCCUGCCACAACAACGCCAGCUGUUUAGUCCAAGGAGAGGACUACGUCUGCAGGUGCCUGCCAGGGUUUUCCGGGAAGAGCUGUGAAGAGAUAAUAGACUACUGCAGUCUGCUCAGUGUCAACUGUCUGCACCAGGGACUGUGCCUCAGCGUAAUUGGUGGAUAUAAUUGUCUCUGUGCUCCUGGAUGGAUAGGGGAGUUCUGUCAGUAUGGAGGGAACGCCUGCCUGAUCUACCCAGACAGCUGUAUGAAUGGGGCCACCUGCAUCACCACAAGUCAACCUACGGCUCCCCCAGAGUACAGAUGUAUCUGCAGCCCUGGUUACACAGGUAAGGGAACACCCCACUGUGAGACAGAAAUGAACCAGUGUUUCUCCAACCCCUGUCUGCACAAUGGGACAUGCUUGGACUCUGUUGGCUUCUACAAAUGCAGGUGUCCACCAGGAUUUCUGGGCCAGAAGUGUGAGGUGGAUGUAGAUGCCUGUACCCUACCCAACACCACAUGCCCUAGAAACACACAUUGUCUGGAUCUGCCUGAUGGACUGAAGUACACAUGUUGCCUGCUGUGCCCACCGAACAUACAAUUGUUUGUCACCAGCUGCCUUUGUCCCAGAGGAUACAGCGGUAGCUACUGUGAGAUGGACGUUGAUAACUGCAUUGGACACCACUGCUCUGAGCACGGCGUAUGUCUAGACCAACAAUACAACUAUACUUGUCGCUGUGAGCUCGGGUUCCAGGGGAGCUACUGUGAGCAGGAGACGGAUGAGUGUAAGAGUUCCCCGUGUGUCAAUGGUGCCACCUGUGAGGAUGUCAUCGGAGGCUAUCAAUGCCACUGCCCCCCAGGGUUUGAAGGGAGAUGGUGCUCAGAGAAAGUUAAUGACUGCUGGUCAAGGCCUUGUUUGAAUGGAGGUUCCUGUAUGGAUCUGCUGAAUGGAUACAUCUGCCACUGUCCUUUUGGGUUUCAAGGGGAAGAUUGUUCCGUGGUUAUGGACCUCUGCUCACUAGGAACAUGCCAAGAACGCACGGUGACCUGCACUGAGACUGGGAAUGGACAGAACGUCACAUGUAUUUGUGAAAAAGGCUUUGGUGGGCCGUUCUGUGAGGUGAAUCUGAACGACUGCAAGUCGAUGCCGUGCCAGAACGGAGCUGUGUGUGUGGACGGUGUUGACCUGUAUCACUGCUUCUGUCCAGCUGGGUUUCAGGGGCUGAACUGUGAAAUCAACUAUGAUGAAUGUGUUUAUGGAUUCUGCGCCAACAAUUCCACUUGUGUUGACCUGGUUGCCGACUAUGGAUGCAUCUGCCCAGUGGGGUUUGUUGGUAAAAACUGCUCUACACCUGUUAUUGAAUGUGCGUCAGGAGAUAGGACAAAAUGCAGAAAUGGCGGCACCUGUUAUAUCUUUGCCGGAGUGGUUCACUGCACUUGUCCACCAGGAUGGGGAGCCGAUGACUGCUCUGCACCCGUGAACCAGUGUGUGUUGAAUCCCUGUGACCCGGAGGGGACCCUGUUCUGUGAAGAGCUGCCGAAUGGCUUCAAAUGCGUCUGCCAACAUGGGUACAUGGGGCGGCUGUGCGAAAUCCCCAUAAGUCAUUGCGUCGAUGGGCUGUGUCAUCGCGGAUCAAAGUGUGUGGAUCUACCGAGAGGAUUCAAGUGCCAUUGUUUACCCGGUUUAACGGGACAAUUCUGCGACGUGAACAUAGAUGACUGUGAAGAGAAGCCGUGUGGUGUUCUGAGUAUUUGCAAAGACACCGUCAACGGCUACAAUUGUUUCUGUGCACCUGGAUUCAUCGGUAAUAACUGUGAGGUGGAGGUAAACGAGUGUCUGAGCCAGCCCUGCCACAAUGGAGCUUCGUGCUCUGAUGAGCUCAACGCAUUCAGCUGCUUAUGCCCAAUCGGAGUCACAGGUGACUACUGUGAAAUCAACAUUGAUGAGUGUCUGUCAGGGCCAUGCAGACACAAUAGCACGUGUUUGGACCUGGCCAAUGGCUAUGAAUGUGUCUGUCUACCCGGCUUCACUGGCGCUGGGUGUGAGUUCGACAUUGACGAGUGUGCCUCUUCUCCCUGCAAGAACGGAGCCACUUGCAUUGACCAGCCUGGCAAUUACCACUGUCAGUGUGUGGCUCCAUUCAAAGGUAGGAACUGUGAGUUCCUCCCCUGUGAGGCCAACAACCCCUGUGAGAACGGUGCUGAGUGUGUAGAGGAACCUGAUCAGGUCCAUUUCCCUCUGGGUUUCCGCUGUCGCUGUCGACGUGGCUUCACAGGCCCCCGCUGUGAGAUCAACAUGGACGAAUGCAGCUCCAACCCCUGCCUUCACGGCUUCUGCUACGAUGUGGUAGAUGGGUUCUACUGCCUGUGCAACCCUGGCUAUGCUGGUGUGAGCUGUGAGCAGGACAUAGAUGACUGUGCCAGCAACAUGUGCAGCAACAACUCAACCUGCAGAGACCUCCACUUGACUUACGAGUGCCUCUGUGUCCCCGGAUGGGAGGGCGAGUUCUGCCAACAGGAAAUAGAUGAGUGUUCAUCACAGCCGUGCUUAAACAACGCCACCUGUACUGACCUCCUCAACAGCUACCAGUGUCUAUGCCCGCAGGGCUGGGUAGGUGUGGACUGCUCUGAGGAUGUGGAUGAGUGUGACUCUGGGCCCUGUCUGAACGGAGCUCAGUGUCAGGAGUCACCCCUACCUGGGGAGUUCAGCUGCUCCUGCCCCCCCUUCUUCAGUGGGCCCUUAUGCAACAUGCCCUUUGACCCCUGUGACCCUGCCCACGAUCCCUGCCUGCACAAUGCCACCUGCCUGACUCGUUCUGAUGGAACAGCAGCCUGCAGAUGCCGUCCCG